CUAAACCAUACGCCAGUCAUUCACCGUCAGAGCUCUUAUUUCGACCUGAUACUGGUCUGUUUUGCAGCGGACAACCAAGUUGGAACAAUUAUGUUUGCGCGGCGCGUGAGUCCGCCUCUUUCCAAGACACUGACCCUGGCACUUUGUUACAUUUCAAUUCCCUGGGCAGGUCCACUACCGUUGUAGCAACUAGUCUCUCUUUUCCUUCGCAGUUCGGCGAAUGAGCUCUGCUUCAGCUCGCACGCCCUCUGCCUCAACUUCGGCCAUGAGUUUGCGCUCCAACUCGUCAUGUUCCGCUUUGGAAGCGUUCUUCAUAGCCUUUUUCGCAGCCUCAACCCGGGCUCUGUAAGCGCGAUACUUGUCGUCCGUGCCAAAGAGGCGGUCACACCAUCGGAACGAGGUGGCAUAGUUGUUCGUGAAGGCCAUGUGGUGGAAAUCAUGAUGUUCAGCCCCAGACCAAAACGGAAGGAUGUGCUGCAGCGA